ACCGGAUUACGGGGAGUAGAGGCGCAUUGUCCUGACUGACAGCCCCAUAUCCAUAGAAACAGAGCAAGGCAGAGGCGCUACAGACACAAGCCCAGCGCUGGGGGAGAGAAAGAGAAUGUGAUUCGUCUCUAUAGCCUUCCAGCUCCUACACUAAGCCCGUGUGCCAGCCCCCCGGGGCACCCCCUUUUCUUCCCUGGACGCAUCCAUUCUGCUGUACAUAUAGAUUCCACCCCCGCCGCCUGCACAUCUUCGGUCCCGUGAGACCCACUGAUCUGGCACGUUUUUUCUCCUGUCUCUGGGUGGCCACAAAACCACAAAGCUGUAUCCGACGGGAGGAUCCCUGGAUUUCCCCCACAUUAUGAUGCAGGGAGAUGGACGGAGGAGAAGAAACGAGAAUUAUUUCGACGAUUUACCCAGAUCCAAGCUGGAAAGACAAAUGGCACAGAGUAAAUAUGAUUUUCAGACAGGAGAUUGGGGAGAACCUUCUAUUGGUCUUCGAGCCUCAACCGAGACAACCGGAUCCAUCCCAUUCCAGUACUGGCAGCACCACCCGGAGAAACUCAUCUUCCAAGCGUGUGAUUACAAAGCAUAUAGCAUGCCAUUUGGGGGAAAAUAUCGACCCAUAGUAAAUCCCGUUCCUCACCCCCAGUGUUCCUGGUCUGUGAUGACAAAGUAUUUAGGUUCGAUGCUGAUUAAGGAACUGAGAGGUACAGAGUCGACACAGGAUGCGUGUUCGAAAAUGAGGAAAUCAACAGAACAAAUGAAAAAGGUGCCCACGAUCAUUUUGACAGUGUCGUACAAAGGUGUCAAAUUUGUGGACGCAGUAAAUAAGUCUUUGAUUGCUGAACAUGAAAUCCGGAAUAUCUCUUGUGCCGCGCAGGAUCCCGAAGACCUUUCUACCUUCGCUUACAUCACAAAAGAUUUGAAAUCAAACUUGCACUACUGCCAUGUCUUCACAGCAUUCGAUGUGAACUUAGCGUACGAGAUCAUUCUGACAUUAGGACAAGCAUUCGAGGUUGCUUACCAACUAGCGCUACAGGCAAGGAAAGGAGGCCACUCAUCAACACUUCCUGAAAGCUUUGAUAGCAAACCCACCAAGCCCAUCCCCAAGCCUCGUGUUAGCAUCCGAAAGGCAACUAUAGAUCACCCUGACCAAAAGACUCUAUCCAAUCUGCCUUGGAUUGUAGAACCGGGCCAAGAAACUAAGAGAGGGAUUAGCACAAAGUACGAAACCACAAUCUUUUAAUAGCGACCCGUCCUCACUUCCUUGGUGUGCCUUUGUACACUCCUCAAAGCAACUCCACCAUUCAAACAGCAAUCUCAUCCCCUACUGGAUGAAUCCAAUGUUGGUGCAUUCGACUUAUGAUAUAACUUAAAAAAAACAAACAAAAAGACACAAAAUACUGGCAAGUAGAGGAAUCUUAUAUUUUUUUGAUGAUUUUUUUUCCUUGUAAUCUCUAUCACAGUGUUUUUUUUUAUUUUUUUUUGGCAUUUGGAUUUUAUUGAGGGAAAAAAUAAUCUUUAUGUAAAUCAUAUCACGCUCUCUUACAAGCAUUAUGCAUUGAAUUUGUGGCAUUGAAAUUGUAUACAAACUCAGUACACAGUAUUUGGACUGGUAGGAAUACAAUUGUGUACUUAAUUAUUGCAAAAAAAAAAAGAGGAUAAGAAGAAGAAAAAAAAAACUAACUCAUAUAUAAACUGCCAAGAAAAUGAACUGAACUGAGAUUUAUAUGCACAAAUUGCAUCUUUAUAUCUAAUUAUUGUAUGUGAUUUCAUGACGGAAACAACAACAUUCAGACAUUUCUGAACAAACUGGGUUUGCUUCACUGUAAAGAGUGCUACUUUGUAUAAUAUUUUAUAGGCUAUUGAAUUUGAAGCCUUAUUACUGAACUGUAAAAAAAAAAUAUUGUAUCCAUAAAGAAUAUUAUUGUCAGUGAGAUGACAAAGAAAGA